AUGGUGCACCCCAAUAAUAUUUCAAGAGAAUUAGCUACUUUAGUCGAUGUUGGUACGGGUAUCGAUGGGGUAGUCGCAAAUGUGGUAGAUGUCGGAGGAGACUUUCGUUGCAAGCAAGACUUUGAUGAUCGUGAAAGCAUGCUAACAUGGCUUCGUAGGAACGCAACUAAUCUUGGUUUUGGUGUGGUGAUAGGAAGAUCGGAUAAUGGUACGGUAAGAAGAAACCUGUUUGUAACAAUAUUGUGCGAAAGAAGUGGGAAAUACCAUCCUCCUCUAAAGAAUUUUAAAAGAGACGACACAGGUACUAGAAAAUGUGAGUGUCAAUUUAAAACUCGUUGUUACAUGUUGGCUAGCACGAAGUGGAGAUGCUUUGUUGUUUGUGGUUUCUAUAACCAUGAUUUGUGCGCAAAAUUACAAGGCCAUUCUAUUGUAUGUCGGCUCAAUCCGAUUAAGAAGGCAUCUAUUGAAGACAUGUCCUUGAAUUUUGUCCAAUCGAAAAAUAUACUUGCCACAUUGAAAAGGAAUGAACCCGACAACAUUUCAAAUAUAAGAAGUUGUGAUGACGAGGUUACGGUCUGA